AUGACUAAACCCCAAAUCAUACUCAUUCCCGGUGCCUGGCACACACCCUCCGCCUUCUCCCUUCUUACUACCGAGCUGCACGCUCUUGGAUACACAACGCACGCGCGCCAACUCCCUUCCGUCGGCAGCACAACACCUACCACUGACCUCUCAGCCGACAUCGCCAUCGUCCGGUCCAUGAUCAACACCGCCAUCGGCGACUCCGGCAACGACGUCGUCGUACUAGCCCACAGUUGGGGCGGCAUCGUCGCCAGCAGCGCGCUCGUCGGCUUGGGAAAAACCGAGCGAGAAGCCCAAGGGAAAAAAGGCGGAGUAGUGAGAUGUGGAUACAUCGCUGCCAGCAUGCUACCCGAAGGUGUCAGCCUAAUGGACUCGGUAAACCACACCUUUCCUCCUUGGACUGAAAUCUCCGGACCUUACAUCCACGCUCUCGACCCACAUGUCUUCUACUCCGACCUUCCUCCCGACGAACAGGCAUACUGGUUUUCGCAAAUCCAACCGCAUUCGCUGGCGAGCGCUUAUGCGAAGACGACGGGGGCGGCUUGGAAGAACAUUCCUAGUGCUUAUUUGGUUUGUGAGGAGGAUAGGAGUAUGCCGGUUAUUGCGCAGGAUAAGAUGAUUGAGAUGGCAAGGGCGGAAGGUGGGGAGGUGCAGGUGACUAGGUUGGGGUGUGGGCAUAGUCCUUUUUUGAGUCGUGUGCAAGAGACGGUUGAGUGGGUUAGGGGGGUCGCUGGCGAGGAAAUUUGA